AUGAGCGAUGAAGAGGCGGGCGACGGGAUCGGGGGGGACGUCGGGACGAGGGACGAAGAGCACAAGAUGGCGCUGCUGGUGCGAGAGGACGUGGCGAUGGGGGCGGGGAAGUUGGCGGCGCAGGCGGGACACGCGGCGGUUGGCGCGGCGAUGGCGACGCGGGAUCGAUCGCCGAUGCUGAUGGGAAGAUGGGAGUGCGAUGGGCAAAAGAAGGUGACGCUGGGGGUGAAGAAUCUGAGGGUGAUGAAUGAACUGUUGGGAGAGGCGAAGACGGCGCGGUUGACGACGUUUGUCGUGGAGGACGCCGGCCGCACGGAGGUGGAACCGGGCACGGUGACGGUCGCCGCCAUCGGACCGGCGGCGGCGUCCGACAUUGAUAAAAUCACGGGACACCUGCGUUUGUACUAG